CCGUGCCAAAGUAGCUCUCCCCCACAACUAAAUUUGUCCUCUAAUAAUCUCACUACUGACCAAAUAUUCCUAUUUACACACACACACACACACAGAGGCUUAGGCUUCCGAUUCCAAAUUCCUAAAGAAACACAUGGAGGAGGAAGAUAAAGGUUACUUCCAUGAAGCUAGCUUCAUAGACAAAGAAGGCCAAUUAAGAACCUUAAAGGUUCCAGUGGUGCAGGAACUAGCACGCCAACUCCAAGGGCUCAACCACUUGCCAGAUAAGUUCAAAAGGGUCCAUCCUGAUCACCAACCACUCACACCUUCUUUUGCCCUUCCAAUUCCAACCAUAAAUAUGGCCAAGUUAAGGUCGGUAGCUGAGCCUCAGCCCAAGGUUCGAGCCCAAGAGUUAGCCAAGCUAGCCAGUGUUGCCAAAGAGUGGGGCAUGUUUCUAAUUAUGGACCAUGGUGUACCCUCUAAUGUUUUGCAUGGUGUUAAGGAUGUGGUGAAAGGGUUCUUUGGUUUGCCCUUUGAAGAGAAAAAAGCAAGUGUUGGAUCUUAUGCCAGUGUUGAAAACAUGGGUUAUGGCCGGAAUUUUGUCAAGUCGGAAGAUCAGCCGUUGGAUUGGAUUGAUCGGCUGACCAUGAAAGCAGCACCUGAAGGAACAUCUAAAGGACUCCAUGUUUGGCCUCAAAAACCAACAAAUUUCAGAUAUUUUCCACAGAAAACGCAAGCCAUAGAACAAUACGUCAGGGAAGCAAGAAAGGUGUUGGAUGACUUGCUUGAAGUCCUUGCCGAAUCAUUAUCACUAGAAAGACAUGUUUUUAUCCAACAGUUUGACACUAAUGAGAGUGAAAUCAAUGUGAGAGUGAACUACUACCCACCAUGUCCUAGGCCUGACCAAACCCUGGGCCUCACACCACACACAGAUGCAAGUGCUCUCACUAUCUUAAUGGAAUUUGACACCUCUGGUGGACUCCAAGUACUCAAGGACCAAAAAUGGCUCCCCGUGAAGUGGCCACGGGACACAUUGCUAGUGAAUGUGGGAGACAUGCUAGAGAUUAUGAGCAAUGGGAGGUUACAGAGUCCAUGGCAUAGGGUUGUGACCCAAAUGGAUGUUGAGCGAUUCUCAGUUGCUUUGUUCUACAAUCCAGCCUCCCUAGCUGAGAUUGUACCUGUAAGGAAUACAACCAUGGAGAAUGAGAGUUACAAGAACGUAGUUGUGGGGGAUUAUCUGCAGCACUUUUAUAAGAUCAAUCCCACAACUGAGAAAGUAGCAAUCAAGUUCGCCAAAGCUUGACAUGGCUUACAAUGGCCGACAUAUAUAUAGACUCUAAUUUCAGUUUUUCGAUGAUGUUUUUUCAUCAUCAAUGUAUUAAGCAAUUGUUGGGAUUUGUGCCCUAAAAUCCAAUUUAUUGGCAUAUCAUAAA